AUGUGUCUCCUCUCGCAUCCAUCCGGACACUGGAAGAGGUGUACCUGUCUGGGUGUGAAGGAGUGGGAAGCUGUUGGUGCCCUUGGCAGGCUGCCUGUCCUGCGUGUGCUUGACUUGGGAUACACCGCUAUUACCGACGGGGAGUUGGAGGCUCUCAGUGCGAGUCGCAGUCUUGUGAAGAUUUUGCUCCUAAACUGCAGGCGCCUUACAGAUGUGUCUCCUCUCGCAUCUAUUGAGAUACUGGAAGAGGUGAAAGUCUAUGGGUGUGAAGGAGUGGGGAGCUUUAGUGCCCUUGGCAGGCUGCCUGUCCUGCGUGUGCUUGACUUGGGAUGCACUGCUAUUACAGAUGAGGGGUUACAGGGUCUCAGUGCGAGUCGCAGUCUUGUGAAGAUUGUACUCCGAACCUGCAAUCACCUUGCAGAUAUGUCUCCUCUCGUAUCCAUCGAGACACUGGAAGAGGUGUACCUGUCUGGGUGUGAAAGAGUGAGGAGCUUUGGUGCCCUUGGCAGGCUGCCUGUCCUGCGUGAGCUUGACUUGGGAUACACCGCUAUUACCGACGAGGAGUUGCAGGUUCUCAGUGCGAGUUGCAGUCUUGUGAAGAUUGUCCUCCAACACUGCAAUCACCUUACAGAUGUGUCUCCUCUCGCAUCCAUCCGGACACUGGAAGAGGUGUACCUGUCUGGGUGUGAAAGAGUGAGGAGCUUUGGUGCCCUUGGGAGGCUGCCUGCCCUUCGUGAGCUUGACUUGGGAUGCACUGCUUUUACAGAUGAGGAGUUGCAGGGUCUCAGUGCGAGUCGCAGUCUUGUGAAGAUUGUACUCAGUAACUGCAAGCACCUUGCAGAUGUGUCUCCUCUCGCAUCCAUCCGAACACUGGAGGAGGUGAAUGUGAUUGGGUCUGAAGGAGUGAGGAGUUUUGGUGCCCUUGGCAGUCUGCCUGUCCUACGUGUGCUUGACUUGGGAUCUGCUGCUAUUCCAUACGGGGAGUUGCAGGGUCUCAGUGCGAGUCGCAGUCUUGUGAAGAUUGUCCUCCAACACUGCAGGUUCCUUACGGAUGUGUCUCCUCUCGCAUCCAUCCGAACACUGGAAGAGGUAAGGCUAUCUGGGUCUGAAGGAGUGAGGAGCUUUGGUGCCCUUGGAAGACUGCCUGUCCUGCGUGUGCUUGACUUGGGAUCUGCUGCUAUUACAUACGAGGAGUUGCAGGGUCUCAGUGCGAGUCGCAGUCUUGUGAAAAUUGUUCUCCGAACCUGCAGGCANUGGGAUCUGCUGCUAUUACAUACGAGGAGUUGCAGGGUCUCAGUGCGAGUCGCAGUCUUGUGA